AUGGGGGACUCAAAGCUCUGCCUUUUGCUGCUCCUCAGUACAUCUGCCUUGACUUUUGCACAAGAUCGUUAUCAACCAACCUGUCUCUUGGCUCAAAGGUACAAGAGCCUACACAAGUAUGAAUACCAAUAUGAAGCUGAAUCUCUGAAUGCCAUCAACGGAGCCUCACAUCUCAAGAAUGGACACAAGGCUUCCUGCAAGGUUGAAAUUGAAGUGCCUCAGACUUGUAAUUUCAUUGUACGCACUACUGGCUGCAGGCUGAGUGAAGUUGUUGACACGGACGCACAGGGUAACCCUGUGUUUGCCAACAGCCCCAGCUCUGAUGCCUUCGCUGCUGAAAUGGAAAAGUAUCCCCUGAGGGUCGUGAUUGAGGGUUUGUAUGAUGUGAAACUGUACCCUGAGGACGGUGAAACAACAACUGUCCUGAACUUUAAGAGGGGUAUCAUCUCUGCACUGGCUGUUCCUGUGCUGGAAGAAGACAAGAACAAGAAUAUGCCUACAAUUCAUGGCAACUGCAAGACCCACUACACAGUCAAUGCUAGAGAAGACAUUGCAACUGACGUCAGCCUAAACAGGGAUCUGUCCAGAUGUGACAAAUUUGUCCCAAUGAGAGAUCACACCAGCCCCUUGGCUCUUAUCACCGGCAUGCACUACCCUCUUGCUCAGCUGAUCAGAAGCUCCCAAAGCUGCAAUUACAGGUUUGACAAUGAGAAAAAACACAUGACCUUUGGGUCCUGCACUGAGAACCACAUCCUCAUUCCCUUCUCAUAUAAGAGAGAAUAUGGAGUUGCCAAUGUUGGAAAGCAAGAGCUCACCCUGGUUAAAGUUUCUCCUCACAAUGACAGAAUCUUUGUUCACGGUGUCCUUGUCAAGGAUCUCCACAUGGAGGCUGUUGAGGACAAGAGUUUUGUACAGGAUAAAGAUGCAGUUCUGAAUCUCCUGAGAGAACUGGACACUCUGCCUGAGAACGAGGGUGAGAAGAGGGCUCCCCUGUUCCACAAGCUUGUCUCAACGGUCCGUGGAAUGAAAACAGAAACCUUGAGCGCGGCACUCCCUGAGGCUCUUGCGGUGUCCCGAGUCCUCACCUACCAGGUACUGGCUCAGUGUGGAACUCCUGAAUGCAGCAGUGCCAUCAUGAAGAUCCUCAGGACCUUUGACACCAACGCUCUUGAGGUUGAUGCGACUGUCUUUGCUUUGGGACUCGUGUCCAAUCCUUCUGCACUCUUGAUCCACGAUAUGCUUGAGAUGGCCAAAUACAAACCCAGCAAGCCUGUCAUGUAUGCUCUGAGCAAUGUUGUAAAGAGGUUUUACAAAUCUGAAGGAAAGCAAAUUCCUGAGAUUCACUCUGUUGCUGAGUUCAUGGCUUCCCAGUUGGGUGACUGCUCUGGAGACAAAGACAAAACUUUUAUGACACUCAGGGUUAUUGGAAACAUGGCUCCAGCUGUGGUACCUGCUAGUCCAGCACUCAGGACUGCUGUGAUCAACUGUGUGAACAAACCUACAGCUUCUCUGGCCGUGCAACAAGCUGCAAUUCAAGUGUACAGGCUGACCCCUCUCCCUGAAGAGGGCAGAGAGGAGUUUAUGCAGGUUCUUCUGGACAGCACUAGUCCCAUGCAAAAACGUAUUGCUGCAUAUCUGGUACUUAUGAAGAACCCUCAGCUAAGUGAACUUGCCCGGAUGGUGAAUGCCUUGCCUAAUAUACAGGACCAACAAGUCAAGAGCUUUGUCAUCUCCCACAUUACCAACAUUUUGUCCUCAUCUGGGUCAGAGACUCAAGCGCUGAGACAGAAGCUUCAGGAUGCCAUUCAGGGUAAUGAGAUUGGGCCCAUUAUGGACCCCACAAAGUUCUCUCGCAACUAUAAGUUUGGAUCUUUGGAGGGCAAUAUGAUCUUUGAGGGUACAAGCUACCUGCCCAAGGAGGUCAUGCUUGAAAUGACUCUCAAGGCAUUUGGCUAUGACAUUGACAUGGUGGAGAUCGGUAUGGAGGGGACAGGAUUUGAGCCGACUGUUGAAGCUUUGUUUGGAGAAAAUGGAUUCUUCCCUGACACUGCCAUGCAGACUAUGUAUUUUGUGUCUGACAACAUGCCACAAAGAAUCCGCGAAGUCAUGCAGAACGUGAUCCCUGCUUUCAAGACAGACCGGAUAAAUAGACAGGUAUUUCAGAACCUGAUGAAGGAGAUCGGACAAAAUCUCAACAAACUGGUGAGAGAGCUGAAGACCAUGCAGUCUCCAGAGGCAAUGGUUUAUCUGAGACUUUUGGGAAAUGAGCUGGGAUAUCUGAAUACUAAUGAAAUGGAGGAGAUAGCCUACUCUGCUGCUACGAUGAUCAACAACAUGUUAAAGAUGUUCCCAACUGAUAUUCUAUUAUACGUGUGUUUUUAUUUUCCACAGUUAAUUAGAGCACUAAUGGUGAACUCUGACAACACAAUCUUUGCCCACUACAUCUUCAUGGACAAUGAGUUCUUCCUGCCUACUGUCACCGGUGUGCCUCUGAGGAUUGCACUCUCUGGUACUUUUACACCCGGUAUCAAGGGUGGACUGAGGAUUGCUCGUGACAUGAGUGAAGUGACCUUCAUGCCCUCUGCUGGUAUUGAGUUUGCAACUCAGAUUGGCUCUCACAUCCCUGAAUAUGUCAACUCUGGAUUAGAAAUGCACACCAACUUUUUCCAUGAGAGUGGCCUGAAUGCCAAGAUCACCUUUGGUCGUGAUAAUAUUAAGCUGACCAUCCCUGCUCCAACAAGUCCAACAAAGCUCAUCAAAAUUACAAACAACCUUGUGGCUGUGACGGGAUCGGAGGUGAAGACCAUCCCUCCAAUCGUGAGGGACAAGGUUGAUGUUAGUGAGUGUAGUCCUGCCUUUGUGGGAAUGAAAUACUGCACUGCUCUGCAAUACAUUGACGCUUCCUCUCAGGAGACAGUGCCCUACUUCCCCCUCACUGGAGACAGCAAAUAUGUUGUGGAGCUGCACCCAACUGGUGAAGUUUCAGAGUACACAGCGACUAUUGCCUAUGAACUCCUCAGCGAGGGAGACAAUGGCCGGCAGAAAGUUGAUUCCUUGAAGUUUAUUCUAAAAGCUGACGGUGCAGAGCCAACUGAAGCCAGAGCAGUCAUGAAAUAUAACAGAAGGAGGCAUGUCAUCAGUGCCGACAUCCAGAUCCCUGACUACGAUGUGGAGGCUGGAGUUAGGCUGGGUGUUGUGGAUGGAAACACAAAGGGCAGAGGAACUCACACCAUCUUUCUCGAUUUUUUAAACAAAAAUGUUCCUCAGCUCUCCCUGGUUGGUCGUGCCAAUCUAAAAGCCAUGAAGGAAGGUAUGCUCCAAGUCCAACUUGUGGUCCCAUCAAUCAGUGCUGAAGCUACUGUCACAGCUACAAUGAAACGUGAUGAAGAAGUGGAACUGGAGCUUGAGAGUGAAAUCAAGGUCAUGGAUGCCAACUCUCAACAGAAAAUCAAUAUCAAAUAUGACGCCACAAAAAUUGAGGUUGAGGUCAAGUCGGAUGUGAACGCUAAGACCACCAUGUUGCCUAAGGGCGACUUGAUUAAAAAUUAUGGCAAUGAUCUUCUUGACAUGCAAGUGGGACAAACUGACAUGAAAGUUCGUCAUAUCUUCAAGAAGUUUGUGGAGGCAGCAAACAAUUACAUGGAAAAGUAUGGUGCUGAUUUCCCUUACAUUCGGAACUUCAGAUUGCCUGACAUGCCAGAGAUUUCCCUACCAGAGACACUAUUCCUGAAUACUGAGGCAACGGCCAUCUAUUACAUAAACAAUAAUCGCUUCACAAUUGCUAUCCCUGUGCCACUUGGAGGAAAGUCAAAAGAAGAGCUUAACUUCCCUCCCUUGUUUGGUAGAGCUGAGGUUUCAACAGUGAUGAAAAGCAACUUAUAUGACACAGAGGUCUCUGUGGCUUUCGGCGUAGACCAAGAAGAAUCACAAAGCUACUCAGCCAACUUUGUCAUCAAAGGAACCUCCCCAAUUGACAUUCUUUCAAUAAAGCUUGAAGGCUCAGGAAAAGUCGCCACUACCGAUUCCAUCAAAGCCCAAUUUGAAAGUUCUUUGGCCCACAAAUUCGUUGAAGCCAGGAUUAGCAUUGUUGAAGAUGCAAUCAUCUCUGAUGCAAUUCAUUUGAAAACAAACACCAAGAUAGAAGCCAGAAGUCCACUUGGUCUCAGUGUUGUCACAGAGCACACUGGUAUGGCUGGAAUAAACCAUGAGGAAAUGUCUGUUGACAACAAACUUCAGGUGGCAUUUGAAGCUGGACCCAUUUAUGGCAGGACUCUCUCACUCCAGUCCUUAACCAUCUUCCCAUUCAGGCCAGAAGUAAAGUUUGAUUCUAAUUUUCAGGUAGAUUCCACACUUGUUAAGGCCCUGAAUGUAAUUACAGGAACCUAUAUCAGUGGGGAAGUCUCAGUUGUGUCUAACACCAGUGCCUUUGAUGUCAUCACUCACAAUGCUGAGCUUUCUAUCAGAGAUAGCAGAGUGAAACUGAUAUGUGCUGCAAAUGCCCUUGCUUUUGGCAUGAAGAUGCAAAAUCAGAUGGAAGCCUCUGCUGGUGCUGGUGAAGUCAUCUUGAGGAUGGAAACAAACACAGACCACUCUGAAAAUCAUGUUUACUCUUUGCUGACCGCCUCUCUUGAUGUCAAUGGUCUGGCUAUAAAUAGUGAUGCCAAUGUGAAGCUUCUUGAAAAUGAGGCUACUCAUAAGGUCAUUCUGAGAAUGAAUAAAGAUGGUUUCACCACAAAAGGAACAACUACUCUCCAUAGCCCGCUGUCCAUGGAAAACACCUUUGAUGCCGAGGUUGAUGCUACAAGAGCUACUCUAUCCAUUACCAACAGGGCUGCGAUGUAUGAAAUCAAGGUUGACAACACCAACAAUUUGACCAUAACUCUCUCCGGCCUUAACUUCAACUCAAAGGCUGAAGCCUCUGCAAGGGAUUAUGCCUCUUACACUCAUGAUAUCACCUUCGACCUGAACCCCCACAGUGUUUCUUCAAAUGUUAACAACAAUCUAAAUCUCCUGAGUGCUAACUUUAUUAAUCAGGCACAGCUGCAGGCAGGGCUUGGCAAGCUGGAUCUGAGUGGAGUUUUGAAAGCCAACAAUGGUGAAGAAGAGCUCAAGCACACCUAUCAGAUCAGUUAUGGUGACAUGAGUGCUAAUGCAAAGUGCAGCACCACUGGAAAAUUCCUUGGAACUCACAUGAGCCACAACACUGAAGUUGAAGUUGUCGGCCUUGCUGCCAUGAUUACCAAUGAUGUCCGCUUUCACUCACAACCGGUGCGCUUAAGCCACACUGUGCGUUGCAAUAUUGCUCCUUUCGAUUUCAACUUGGAUGCCAUAUUGAAUGCUGAAGGAGAUAUGGCCAUUUAUGGAAGAGAGAGUGCCCAGAUCUACAAUAAGUUUCUCUUUAGAGCUCAGCCCAUGGUUCUUGCCAGCUCAAAUGAAGGCAGGGCAUCCGUAACCCAUCAACUGAAUAAUGGCUUUUCCCUUGAGACCACAUUUGACAACAAGAUGGUUACUACUUUGUCACUCCAAGAGCAAAAGACUAGUUUUAAAUUCAAGUCUAAAAUGAAUGAGCACACCUUUGAUCAGAACAUAGAAGUUUAUAACACUGCUGAGACAACUGGAAUUGAGGUUUCUAGUACAAUCGUUACAAACAUUAUUAACACAGCUUCCACAGACAACCAGGAGUUCACUGUCUCUGGCUUACUCAAAUAUGACAAGAAUACAGAUAGUCACAUAAUUCAGAUUCCAAAUCUGCUUGCCCUCCUGGAACACAUCAAGGGAUUUUUUGUGAAUGUUGCAGAUGCACUGCACCACUACAUCAACAAUGAUAGUAUAAGAGCUAAAGUUGAGGCUCUUCCGCAACAUAUAAGUGACCUACUUACUGAAUUGAAUAUAGAAGGCAAGAUAAUUCAACUGAAAGAGUUUUUCAGUCAUUUAAUUCAGAAAUAUACUAUCUCCAUGAAUGAUGUGGAAACAUUUUUGAGGAACCUAAAUGUUACUAUUAAGAAACUACUAGCUAAUCUCUCUGUUUACAUCCAGAACUUUGUUGAUGUGGUGAAUGAAACUAUUUUUAGUGGCAAUUUCCCUGAAACCACCAUUCAAGCGAUCCAGGAAUGGCUGAAUAACCUUAAUGAGGAAUAUGAUAUCGAGCCCAUUAUUGUAUAUGCAACUGAAACCAUAGGAGAAAUCAUUCAAGUGUUUGACUUGGAAAGACUAAAGGGCAGCAGCUUUGCAUUCCUACAUGAUAUUGCUGGCAAGGAUGAAAUCAAAGCCAAACUACAGUCAAUCCUCAGAGGUAUAAAAGAAACAUUGGAGAUUUUUGUUGCUGAGCUAAAGAGCUUCACGUCAUCCUUAAAAGCUCAUAUCGAGUUAUUAACCAGCUACAUUCCCACGAACAUUGUCAGCCCCAUAACAGAUUUUAUUCAGAAAAUUAUUCAGGACUUUGAUAUUGUAAAUAAGAUUAACACAAUAACUUCCAAACUAAGUGAACUGAUUGCAAAGCUUGAGGCUGACAAAAAUUUUCAAGCAAUCUUAGAUAAAGCUGUGGAGGUCGUGAAAAAGAUCAAGAUUGACGAAACCAUCACUAAUCUCGCUACUGACAUAAUAAAAUGUUAUCGUUUUUUAAUGGAUUCCACUGAGUUUACUAUCUACCACUGGAAAACAACUGAAGUAAAAGAAAUAAUUCAGGAAAUUAACAUGUUUAUUGAAAUGAUUGUGGAAGAGCUUAAAUCAUUUGAUUAUAACAACUUACAGCAGUUUGUUGAUCUGUCUGUAUGGAUCAUGAAUGAGAUUAUUAGAAAACCUGAAAUUCUUCAACUACUUGGGGCAAUAAGAGAUUUUGUCAAUGCGGUGUUAUUGUCUGUUCGAGACCUUUCAGAACACUUAAGAGAAAUCAAAGUAGCUGAAGUUUUUAAAACUCUAAUGGAUAUCUUCGAUGAAGUUGUAAUUAUUGAACUUAUUGAUUUAAUUUUAAACUUUAAGAUUAGCAUGUUUGACAUGGAUGCUUUCUUUGGAGAUUUGACGAUGAACUACUUUCCUUCCAUCCCUGAGGUAACCCUCCCAGAGAUCACUCUUCCUCAGAUCUCAUUCCCCAAAAUUCCACAAGUUCCUACAGAAAAACUUGCCAAGUUUCUUCAAGUCCCUGAAAUAAGCUUGCCAACCAUUCCAACUGAAAUUGUAGCCCCAUCUUUUGGUAAACUCUUUGGUGAACUCAAACUCCAGACUCCCAUCUACACAAUGGAGACAUCUGCUGAGUUUAAGAACGCAACUGAGAAUGCAAUGACGCCUCAAUUCAAGGGAUUUUUCACUUCCAUUGGAAACUCUCCAAAUGUUGACAUUCUCAAUUACAAACUAGAUUCCACUGCUCGCAUUGCAAUCCCAAAAAUGAGACGUGUUGUCUUUGGAGAGACAGUAAAGUUCAGGCACAAUUUUCUUGGAGCUGAACAUCAGGCAUCUGUGACUCUCUAUGGCCUAUCAGCUCAGGCCCAAGCAAAGACUGAAAUUAAGGUCACUACUAGACCUUACACUUCUACCUUUGUAAACACAGCCUUUAUUGCUAGGGAAGGGGGAAUGACUGCUUCUCUUGAUACAACAUACACACAUUUAGUGGACAUUCAAUUUGACAAGAAUGUCAUUGCCAGUAAUGAGGUAGCUCUAAAACAGAAAUCACUUGUUCGCCAAGAUGGCUACACGCUUACUCUAACAGCUGACAAUACAGGAACGUUUAAUGGUGAUGAUAGCCACAACAGCAAGUUAGAGUUGUCAUUUACUCCCAGCAUUGUCACCAUAUCUUUCAGUGGUGACACAGACUGUUCCAUGUUAAAGAUGAAACAACAUAUUAGUGCUGAAGUUAGCACAUUUUCCUACUUCAAGUUUAACGUUCGCAAUGAAGCAGAAGCACCAAUUAUUAAGAACAGUCUUUUUGUUGGAUCUGGAUAUGCAAACCUUCAUGACAUGAAGGUUGAGUUGAAAGCAAACAAAGACACAGAACUCUAUGGUGCAGUCACUGGUAGACUUUCCAAUGCAAUAAGCGUUAUAGCUCACCCUGGUGAGUUUUUCUUUGACUUUCAAAACAAAGGAAAUGUUAAGGUCAACAGUUUUGAAUUUUUGACUGCUAAAAUAGAACUACAGAAUGAUUACUUGGCCCACAUCAGUCCUGACAGUCAAAAGAUGAAUACAGUCAUUCUGACUCGUUUUAACCAGUACAAAAUCUUGUACAACUUCACUCUUGAAAAUAAUGUAAAUGAAGUUGGAAUCUUCGCUGCCAUGGAAAGUGAGGCCAGUCUUGACUUUCUGAAAUACCCCAUCAGUAUUCCUGAGAUUGAUCUGCCUUUUGUUGACUUUCAUACUCCUGCCAUCAAUGAUCUGAACUUGUAUGAUCAGGCUGGAUUGGACAACAUUUUGACUACCACUGACCAGUCUCUGGAUGUGAAUACUAAGAUUGUUUACCAGAAAAGCAAGGCAGCCCCGCUUGCUGAUAUGAUGGGCUUGAUCCAAAUUCCCUGUGUGGGCAAUCUAAUAACAGAACUGUCUGUCAAGUCUGCCAUUAUUAAUCUGAUUGCUAAUGCCAGAAUGUAUACAGAAGAUGAUCUUGUGUUCCGUAUUGAAGCUACCACAACCUCUAUGUUUGAGGACCUUCAAGUCAAACUUGCUGGCACUACUAGUCUUACCACCAAGAGGGGAUUCAAGAUGGCUAACUCCCUGUCCCUAGAAAACACUCGUAUUGCAGGAACUCAUGACAGCACCAUCAGUCUGAGUGCUGAUACUUAUGAUACUGAAGUCUCUGUGGCAACAAUUGCAAAUAUUGCCCUGCCAAUACUAAACAUGCAAGCAAACCAAAAACUGGAUGCAGACACAAAAACCAAAGCAAAUGCCAUUUCCACCUUGAGGAUAAGUGGUAAUUUGAAUAUUCCUGUGAUCAAAACUGUUGGAAGGGCUGAGGCAGACCACAGUCUGAAGCUUGAAGGGACCUCUGAUUAUAUUUCCAUGGAGUCCUCUACUAGAGCAAACAUGGAUGGCACAGUCUAUGAGGACUACCUUCUUUAUGGAUUGCUAGAUAACGAAGCUAAUGUGUUCCUGAAUAAAGACGCCCUGCGCUCAACUUCUAAAGUUAUUAUUGAUACCAAGUUUAACCAUGGUACAACCAAAGUCAUUGAUAUGGAUGUAAAUGAGAAUCUUUCCAUUGAAGCCUCCAUGAGCCAUUUGUAUGCAGUGCUGAAGUAUACUGGAAACAAUGAGGCAAACCUGUUCAACUUCAAUACCAAAGGGAAGCAUAUUGCCCAAGCCAAAAUGGAUUUUGCACCAGCCUCCUCCUUGACUGUUGAUAUUGACAUUGACGUGUCUCAGCCAACCAACAUGGGUGACUUUGGUCUCUCUGAGAAGACUGUUGUUGAAGUAACAGCUGCCAAGCAGCACAUCUUUACUAAUUCUACGCUUGUCAGCCCACUGUACACUACAAGCAUGGCAGCUGAAGUAGAAAGCCGUGCUCCUGUCAUCAGAGCAGUUGCUAAGUCCUCUGCAACCUCUGCUUUUGUGAUCUUGGAAUACAACAUGGAUGCUUCUUCUACUGUAAACUUUGAGAAUGAAGCUUUCAACAUGAUUAGCCAAAUCACACUGACACAUGCUGACCUGACUGUGAAUGCCAACCAUGCCAUUAUGCAAGCUAUGAGGAGCAAUUGUGAUUUCAAUAUUUCCUUUUGUUCCAGUGUUCAACAACAUGCACUGAAUGUGGACUUCACCAGUCAUACUUUCACUGAUGUGAACCUUCAAUAUGCUACACGCAGCAAUGGUAUCAGUGCCUCAGUAUCUUCUCCAGCCACUGGCCUUCUGGGCCUUCAGUUCAGUCGUGCGGUCCCAUCCCAGAUGAGUGCAAAAGUCUAUGGCCGUUACCCUUCUGCCCCAGAGGUUGAUGUUGACAUCUUGGUCAUCAGAUCUACUCCCAAGGAUAACGACAAGAUGAAUCUACAGAUUGUUUACAACAUGGAGACACCCACAGCAAUACUCUCUCUGAUCAAGAUGAGACUUCCUUCCAUAAUCUCAACAUUCAAAGAGUUUACUGACAAGUAUCAGUUCACAGGGUACAUGGAGAUGUUAAAGGACUCUGUCAUUAACCACAUCAAUGAAGUCUAUAAUGCUGCAACCAAUUAUGAUGUUCAAAUGAGCCAGCUUUCAAUUUUGUUCAGGAACAUAAUUGUACAAUACCAGAAAACUGUCCAGGUCUUCCUAAAUGCUGUCAUUAAGGUCUUAAGGGAGACCAGGUUCAAAGUGCCUGGGUCAGAUGAGUUGACCACUCUCCCUGAGGUCUUAAAGAAGCUAACAAGCAGCAUUGCUGCUAUGCUAGAAGCAACCAUUCAGAUUAUCUAUGAGAACAUGGAGGCUGCCUAUAACUUUUUUGUUGAAAGGUUGAGCAAUGUGAAAAUGCAGAUGCCGGUUGGUGAUGCAGUCACUGGAGGGCAGAUCAUAGAUCAAGUUAAAAAACUUUCCAAGAAAAUCUUUGAGGAAAUGGUGAAUUUUGUAAAAAACAUGGAGAGUCUUGACACAAUGCUAGUGAAAAUAGAUGAGACCCUGGAGGCUAUUGUUGAGAAAUCGCAGGAAUUUGUAGACUCUCUCAAGUCAGAUUAUUUAGAUGCAAUGUUUGUCAAUAUCAAUCAUCUCUAUCGUAACUUUGUCACGGUCCUAAAGAACAUAGUUGACCGGAUCUCUGCCUUCGCUAUGGAGUUCAACAUGGUGUGCGACUACAUUAUAAAUGUGUUCAUGUAUGUAGUACAUCAGUUCAAUAAUAUGGUUCAUGGGGUUCUGCAGCAAGCUUCUGAGGAAGUUCAAGCCCACGUGACAGUCAGAGAUGGAAAGCUUGAGAUUGACCUUCCAUUUCACUUUCAACAGUAA